GGGGGUCCCUGAUGGCAGACGCUGGGAGGCCUGAGCCGGUAACACGGGGACGGCUCUGUGAGCUGUCAUCGUGACUCUCCAGCCCCGAGGGGCGGCCGAGGUGGGAACCGGGCACCGACACUGUCCCGUAAAGUCCGGCUCACGUCGUCCCUCAGAUCCCACGGCCAGACUCUGGGGUCCGAGAGGCAGAGCUGGUGCCGCCGUGGUCCUUCCUGCUUGUCUUCUUUCACUUAAUAUCGCACCUUCUUAAGCAUCAUGGGGCACCAUCGUUUAUGCUUCAGAUUAUUUGUCUCCAGCUUUCCUGAUGGCUGGGGCUCUGCAGGUCUCAGAGCAUUUCCUUGGGAUAACUCCUAGAAGCGAAGGGACCAGGUCAAGGGCGUGAACGUGCUGCGAUGACUCACUGAGCACGUUGCCUUCCUCCGGCACAUAAAGCUUGUGCAGUGCUCCCAUUGCAAACUCAGCCAGGCCUGUGGACAGGAGCCCUCUGACUCCCAUUACCUAGCGGAAGGGAUGGUGGGAACACUUCCUGUGGAGGGCGGGGUGAGGGAACGGGAGGCUGUGGGCCCCCCCGGGCGUCCAGCGUCUCACGGCCCGCCCUCCAGUCUUUGUCUCCCAGGAGCAAGCCCACAGUGUCCUGCACAGGCCCCGGCGCGCCAACUGGUUGCUGGAGGAACUGUGGCCUGGAUCCCUGGAGCGCGAGUGCAGGGAGGAGUUCUGCUCCUUCGAGGAGGCCCGGGAGAUCUUCCAGAGCGAGGAGAGGACGACGGGGACCAGUGCGCCUCCAGGCCCUGUCAGAACGGGGGCUCCUGCGAGGACCAGCUGCAGUCCUACCUCUGCUUCUGCCUGGAUGGCUUCGAGGGCCGGAACUGUGAGACGGACAAGAAGAGCCAGCUGAUCUGCCCGAAUGACAACGGUGGCUGUGAGCAGUACUGCAGGGAUGACGCGGAGGCUGGGCGCACCUGCUGGUGCCACGAGGGGUACGCGCUCCAGGCGGACGGGGUGUCCUGCACGGCCACAGUUGAAUAUCCGUGCGGAAAAAUGCCUGUUCUGGAAAAAAGAAACGACAGCAACCCCCAAGGCCGAAUCGUGGGUGGUCACGUCUGCCCCAAAGGGGAGUGCCCCUGGCAGGCCAUGCUGAAGCUGAAUGGGGCGCUGCUGUGCGGGGGCUCCCUGCUCGACACCGUCUGGGUGAUCUCCGCAGCCCACUGUUUCGACAGACUCAGAAGCUGGAGGAACCUGACAGUGGUGCUGGGCGAGCACGACCUCAGCCAGGACGAAGGUGACGAGCAGGAGAGGCAGGUGGCUCAGGUCAUCAUUCCCGACAAGUACGUCCGGGGCAAGACGGACCACGACCUGGCCCUGCUGCGCCUGGCGCGGCCCGUGGCCCUCGGCGACCACGUGGCGCCCCUCUGCCUGCCCGAGCGGGCCUUCGCGGAGCGGACGCUGGCCUUCGUGCGCUUCUCGGCCGUCAGCGGCUGGGGCCAGCUCCUGGAGCGCGGCGCCACGGCUCUCCGGCUCAUGGCCGUGCACGUGCCCCGGCUCCUGACCCAGGACUGCCGGCAGCUGUCGCGCCGGAGGCCCGGCGGCCCCGUCGUCACUGACAACAUGUUCUGCGCCGGCUACACGGACGGCAGCAAGGACGCCUGCAAGGGGGACAGCGGGGGCCCGCACGCCACCCACUUCCAGGGCACCUGGUACCUGACGGGUGUCGUCAGCUGGGGCGAGGGCUGCGCAGCCGCCGGCCACUUUGGCGUCUACACCCGGGUCUCCCAGUACACGGCCUGGCUCCGCCGUCUCAUGGGCUCCCCACCACCCUCGGGGGGCCUCGUCCGGGCCCCGCUGCUGCCCUAGCACCUGCCCCGCAAAUAAAGCCGCCGUGUGUGCCCGGUCUUCCCGCGCCAAAGCCGGAAAUUCUCCUGUGGUUCUUGGGGCGGGGGAGACAGAGAGGGAGACAGGGAGACUGACAG